UGUCUUGAGAAUCUCGGUUUCCUUUUGUCAGCGUGAUAACCCCUCGUUUUCUUUAGUACUUGGCCCACAAUCGAGAGUUUGAUAUUCAUUCCUCGACUUGCUUCCCAAUCUUCGGCGAUAUUUGCUCGACAGACUAAGUUCAACUUGCUUACUAUUCACAUCACCAUGAUGGAGAAAGAUCUCCCACCUCUACCAGUUGUCCAAAGCGUGCAAUACGAUGAGCAUCAUCAACUGACACCUUCCGACCACCACGCCCACACCACAACCUACAGCCACAGCCAAGUAAUCAUGUCGAGCAAGGAAGAGCAUCAUGUCCGACCACAAAGCCAGAGUCUUUCCGAAGGCCAGCAACGAUCAUUACAAGCAGACGAAGAAAAAGCCGAACUCGUACCUCCCACUAUCGACGGGCCAGACGGUGGUUUCCAAGGCUGGCUCCAAGUCCUCGUCGCAUUCCUGCUCGUGUUAGACGGCUUCGGCUUCAUAACGGCCUUUGGUGUCUUCCAAGCAUCAUAUGUCAAAAUCUUACCGGACAGUUCAAGCUCGGAUAUUUCGUGGAUCGGAUCGAUGCAGAUUUUCCUCCUUUUUCUACUGGGAACACUGAGCGGCAGACUCAUCGACGCCGGUCACUUCAGAAUCACGUUGAUCACCGGCAUCGUCUUCCAAGUCGGAGGCAUCUUUGGAGCCUCAUUCUCCAGCAAAUACUGGCACUUUCUCCUCUCACAAGGCAUCGCCACUGGUAUUGGCAAUGGCAUGCACUUCACCGCGCUUGUCUGGCUGGUCUCGCAAUACUUCACAAAGAGGCGGGGUCUAGCGCUCGGGAUCAGUUCCUGCGGUGCCCCCAUCGGCGCCGUCAUCUUCACCAUCAUCGCCCGAGAGAUGAUCCCAAGAACGGGAAUCCAGUGGACGCUUCGCACCAUGGGUUUCUUGGUUCUUGCUGACAGCAUCGUCAUUUACCUCAUUGCACGACCCAAGGCUGCGACGCGCAAGGGUGGCCCCCUGCUCGAGCUGUCAGCAUUCAAGGAACUGCCGUAUCUCCUAUUCACCAUUGGCAUGUUCUUCGCCUUGCUGGGUGUUUACUUUGCAUACUAUUAUGUACCCCUUUUCAGUCGCAACAAGCUCGGCCUAGAUGACAGCGGGGCCUUGACUGUCCUCAUCGUCAUGUCAGCCGUGGGCAUCAUUGGUCGACUUAUCCCCCCGUAUCUCGCCGACAAAAGCAUCAAGCCUCUCAGAACACUCGUCAUAUCACUGCUCUUGAGCAGUCUCAACGUUUUUGCCUGGAUCGCCGUGAGCUCCAUGGCUGGACUCUACGUCUGGGUCAUUGCAUACGCCUUCACUGCCAACGCAGUGCAGACGCUGUUCACGGCUUCCAUGGGGGAGGUCACGUCGGACAUGUCAAAGCUCGGAGUCCGGAUCGGCAUGGUAUUCACCAUUGUCAGUUUUGCUUGUCUCGCUGGUCCUCCUAUUGGUGGAAGUCUUGUUGGGUUGAAUCACGGCAAUUUCCUCUAUGCGCAACUAUUUGCUGGCGCUUCCAUGCUGUUGGGGGGUCUUCUGGUUGCACUGGCGAAGAUCAAGCAGGUUGGACAGAAGGACUUCUGGCGGAUUUAGGACUUUUAUUUGCAUUCCCUUUUUCUCUCUCUCUCCAGGGAUACCUCAUCUUCAUCUGUUGAAAGCACAUUUGCAAUAGCAAAAGCAUUCAGCGGCGUUUCUCGAUUUCUAGGCUGUUGGCAUAGGGCGUUUGUUUCUAAAUUGGAAUAUCACGGGGUAGGUGACUGGGAGUUCAGAGUAAACAGUUUCAAACACCGAAUUCUUGCCUGCCACCGUAUCUAUCUAUCACAGCUCCCU